ACUUCCUAGUGUGCUUAAAUUGGGUUUGGUGGUUUAAAUGUCGUUCGCCGACAAUGAUUUGCAAGGAACAAAUAGUUCAGGAUCAUUGGGUGGUCUUGAUGUCCGUAGAAGAAUCCCUAUAAAGCUUAUUUCAAAACAGACCAAUAAAACCAAACCUGCACCUCGAACUCCAAGAAAUAUGAACAGGAUGCCUUCGAAGACACAAGCUGGUGAUGAAGAAGAAUUUGAUUAUAAUAAGGAGGAGCGAUAUGAAUGUAAAGGAGGUGAAAUGUUUGGCAAUCAAAGGAGAUUUCCUGGACCCAUUUUUUGGGAUUAUAAGAUAAACUUGUUGGGGGAAAAGGAUGAUACACCAGUCCAUUUCUGUGAUAAGUGUGGAUUGCCCAUUAAAAUGUAUGGACGCAUGAUACCUUGCAAGCAUGUUUUCUGCUAUGACUGUGCUAUACUACAUGAGAAAAAGGGAGAUAAGAUGUGUCCAGGCUGUAACGAACCUGUGCAGCGAAUUGAGCAGUGUGUACGAGGGUCUCUCUUCAUGUGUAGCAUUGUUCAAGGAUGCAAGAGAACUUACCUGUCACAGAGGGACUUACAAGCUCACAUCAACCACCGUCACAUGCGAGCUGGGAAGCCUGUUACUCGUCCUCCCAUUGAACCCGUGCAUCCUCCUAUUGCCCCACCGCCGGCCGAAAUUCCCGAGCGUUUCAUAAUGCCCCCUGAGAAGCAUCAUAUGAGCCACAUUCCGCCAAAGCAGCACAUCAUGAUGCCACCGCCUCCUCUGCAGCACGUGCCACAUGAGCACUACAACCAGCCCCACGAAGACAUCCGUGCUCCUCCUGCAGAGAUGUCCAUGGCUCCGCCGCCGCCCCGCCCGGUCAGUCAGGACACCUUCCGCAUCUCAACGAGGAAACACAGCAACUUAAUAACUGUCCCCAUUCAGGAUGAUUCCAAUUCAGGUGCUCGAGAACCGCCUCCCCCAGCACCCGCACCCGCUCACCAUCAUCCCGAGUACCAGGGUCAGCCAGUGGUGUCACACCCUCAUCACAUUAUGCCUCCCCAGCAGCACUACGCGCCGCCCCCGCCGCCGCCUCCGCCCAUCAGCCACCCGCUGCAGCACCCUCCGCAGGCGGCAGGCACCCCUCACAUGGUGUACAGCCAGGCUCCGCCGCCCCCGAUGACCUCUGCCCCUCCGCCCAUAACCCCGCCGCCCGGACACAUCAUUGCCCAGAUGCCGCCCUACAUGAACCAUCCUCCUCCGGGACCUCCCCCUCCUCAGCAUGGAGGCCCACCUGUCAAUGUAAAUGCUCCCCCUCCCCAUCACUAUAAUCCCAACUCUUUGCCACAGUUCAGUGAAGAUCAAGGAACUCUUAGUCCCCCUUUCACACAGCCUGGGGGAAUGAGUCCAGGGAUAUGGCCAGCUCCAAGGGGGCCGCCUCCACCUCCAAGGAUGCAAGGGCCUCCUGCUCAGGCCCCCCUUCCUGGACCACAUCACCCUGAUCAAGCCAGAUACAGACCCUAUUACCAAUGAUACAAGCAACUAUAUGAAUAGAGAAUGCCAUGAAGAGGAUAAAACUAAAUACAGAAGCCUUUUAAUUAAUUGUUUUGGGGUUAUUUUGUUGUGUUUUUUUAAGAAUACUGUCAUUUGACUGUAAGACAUUUUGAGGUUUGAAUCUUAAAUGAUUUUUAAGCCUUGGCCGUAGGACUCUUAACUUCAAAUACUCUGUAGUGCUAAAAUAAGUGGCUUAGUAGACCACAGUUGCAUUUUAACAGAACUCCUGUUGCUAGUGUGGCUAAAUUGUCCUAAGAUGAUCACUUGUAAUAUUAUUUCCUGGAGAAGAUGAACAUGUGUUGUACCAUUCUGAAUAUUGUUUUUGUUAAACCCGGUGUUUUUGUUAACCUGUGUACAAUAAUUAAAUUGAAAUAUGGUUGUAAA